AUGGCUUCCAUGCAGGACUUUUUAGAGCACCUAGUCAAUCUGGACGGGGCUAAGCGGAUGACGGCUCUGGAAGCACUGAGCCACCCUUGGGUCUACGGGGGUCUGAACAGCGUUAAACCUCUGCAAGGCCUUUGCGAGAAACUAGAGAAGUAUAAAAAAUUGAAAAUGAUAAGGAAUAAGAUGGACGUGGUGAACAGUUCAACAUACGACGCCAUCUUCGCUAAAUACCAUGAGGACAGUAAGGAGUUUAUAUCAUCUCCGAUCUCCUGCAUUGAGCCACUGAGAAGGCCGAAAGUAGCGAGAUCCGUUAUUGUCACGGCAGAAUCGGAUUUCUACUAUCGGUUCGGUGUCCAGGCAAACCGCCCGCCGACCACUUACGAUUACAACUCGUCGAGUGUCUGCCGCGUGCUACGCGCCAUGUACAAAACUCCAGAGGUCACUGUUUACGAAGAUGCCGUCAGAUGUCAGACGCACUACAGCAGCGUGUUCAUGUACAACGAGUACAUACCAUCUCUGUGGAAACUUCUGAACAUCCCAAUCGUUGCUGACUAUGAGGAAUGGAGGAACAGGAUAAUGGCGGCCCUGCUGGCCAUCAAGCAAGCCAGGGAAGCCAAGAAGGAAAAGGAACGUGCGCUCCUAUUGGCUGCUGAGAUGGCGGAAGAGGAAAAAGAAAAUGGCGAAGAGGAUGAGGAUGAAGAUUAUAAAUACAACGAGAGUGAGGUUUUUUCUGGAAUCAGUGAUCAGUCGACUGGUACGAUGCUUGCGGAACCCUACCAAUCUUCCAGGUCGUCUUCCAAAGAUUCGAACCCCUUUUCAGAGUUGGAUAAAAACGUUGAAGAAAGUUUAAUAUACAGCAUGUGGCCGUCGCAUCUCAAGUACAGCAACUACACUGAUCACGAGGAAAAAGUUGACUUGACGAUUCCACCAAUUUUUACGGAGGAAGAUUUGGAAUCGGCAGAGGUGCGUCUUGAAGAUCUAUACAUCAACAAACGAUUGAGCGAGUUCGAACCGGACGUUCAAAUGAUCGGCGAGUUACUCGUCGCUAAGCCGAAGAAAAAGUUUCAGAAGAGAAAAAGCACUUUUGAUUUCAUGCUGAUGGUCGACCACCCUGAAUACUUCCAACGGCUCUACACCCCUCAACAAUUUACUAACGCUGUCAUCAAGGAGUUGGUGCAAACCUGUCAAUGUCUUUACGAUCUCUAUCGCUACCGGCCACCAUUCCAUCCUACCCAGCUGGGAGUGGAUCAGUUCACUAUUGAACAGCAAGGAAGACCCGGGGAGUACCUUCCCAAUGUUGAGGAUUAUGAUCCGGAACAUGCUAACGAUCAGCAUUACAUGCUGUGCCGAGGCGGAGUGUCAAUCAAAAAAGAGACUCCGCCCUGGUUGUUGGACGUGGAAAAUCAAGUCCCAUACCUUAUCCCAAUCACAAAAUUUAACUCCAUAAUAAAGAACGGGAUUCCAGUACCAGACACCUGCAUACAGACACCACCGGAACCUCUUCCCAUGACGGAAUUCACAGUUUACAGUCUGUUAGAAGAUCCCAUGUUUUCCAGAUUUAACUCAUUUCCGAAUUCCCGACCUCCUGAGAUUUUGACAGCCACUUAUUACGUUCCUUUCAAUAUAAAUCCUCGUCAUUAUCGCGAUUGUCACUGUCCGAAAGAAGAGAACCUGGCAAAGAAAUGUCCUUACAAGAAGAUGGUGAUAGAAAGGAUGGAUAUAAUUAAAAGAACUCUGCGCACCGCCGACAUAAAAAAUAAAAAUUCUGCAGGCUUCCUUAGAAAAUUGACGGCAACGACGAUGAAUCUAACGGGGUUGGAUGAGUUGAAAUUGAGGCAGGCUGCCGAAGGGAUCGACGACGAUGCGGAUGAAUUUGUGAAUGCUGGCGACAUGGAAAGUGAUGGAGGUGAGAAGUGUCGAAUGAUUCUCGGCUGGUUGAAUAAUUUAGAAGGAGAGGAGAUUGCCAAGACCAGAAAUGAAGAGUUGGACGACGAUUGCAUCCACCUAACUGGCAGACCCUGUCUCAUGGACAUGUUCGAUUCGGUCGGGAGGUUCUGCGCUCUGAGCAAGCGAGGAAGCACGAGGCUCUGCUGUCAGAACCUCUACGCCAUUUGGAGGAAGAUGGAUCGAGAUGAAGAAAAAACAGCCGCCUCUGCAACUCUUCCCUUCGCGAAAGUUGAUUACAUCCCAAAUUUGACGUUGGAUAAGUUAGAAGCUAAAAAUAAAUUUGCCAAACAAAAUUUAUCAGUUGGUCAGUUGGUGGUCAACAUAACGGAAAAACCGGAUCUUCGUUCUCGCUUCAAAAACGCUAGCGUUGGAAAGCUAACAGAAGAGAAGAAGGAAGAUGACGUAAGCGUGAAACACAGCCUACCGGUCACGAUUGAAAAUGAACUUCAGAAGAAACUGCAGCUGCUGAAGGAAUUGAAAUGGCUGAAAAAUGAGCACCUCCAAGAACAUCCGCAGUCUCAACAGUGCCAGAAUUUUAAUUGGACCAAUUUUGUUUACCCCGAAGAAAAGGGUGAGCCCUUGGUUUGGUCUUUCGAGGUCUUCAUGUAG